AUGGCGCAGUCUGUUGACCACGCUGAUGGAGGAACAGUGCAAGACCCUCAAUUGCGCUUUGUCGAGACAUCAUCGUCAACAGGCGUGAGUCGGGUCAUCGGCAGCACCCGUCCUAACGCGUCAGGAACCGCGGCGGUCCUCAAGGCGGCCCUCACGGCGGCCCUGGAGGCCCCGGAGGCCCUGGCGGUCCUGAACACUUCGGUGGCCCUCAAGGCGGUCCUCACGGCGGUCCCGGCGGCCCUCACGGUGGUCCUCACGGCGGCCCUGGUGGUCCUGGAGGCCCUGGUGGUCCCGGCGGCCCUCACGGUCACGGUGGCCCUCAAGGCGGUCCCGGCGGACGCUGGUAAAUACGAUCUUACCUACCUCCGACCACCAUUUCACCGCGCUUCGCCAGGAGUUGAAGCUUGCUUGGACUGUACAUACGUUGUUGGAUUUGACUGUGGUUGA